CGCACUAGACGCCGGGGAGCGGGCGGAGAGCGUGGUUUCAGCACCACGAACAGCGGAGCGCGGCGCCGCAGGCGCCCCCGCCGCCAGUCAGCCACCUAUCCUGGCCUUGUCACCACCGUGCGCUCUGGGAGCGGGUGGCCGCGCUCCGCGCCUCCGCCCAGGGACUGCGGGGUCUGCUUUGGCCCGCCUCCGGGGAGAGCAGCUGCGGGCGGGAGACGCUUUCGCCUGCUGGAGCUCCAAACCUCUCCAGCUUUCGCGGGGGCUGCUGCGUUUCGCAGACUGAGAACAAGUCCCUAAGUUGGCGUGGGGGCGCCCCUGCCUUCCUCCUCCUCUUCCUCCGAGGCGACCGCAGCAGAAGCACGCCUCGGGAGCCCGGCUUUGCCAGUGCUGUGAACCAGGGUUGUCAGGCGCUCUUGGGACUCCCACCAGGACGUGGGGGAGCUGAACGCUGUGCGGAACUGGCCCCGCAGCGAAGAGCCGGGAGGGAGCUGCCUUCCCCCGCCCGCGCCUCUCGGCCGGGGACCGCGGGGAUCCCCGGCUACAAGCGCGCGCGCUCCCACACUCACACACACACACUCGCCCUCAUACCAGCCCAGAACCUGGGCUGCGUAGAGGGCUCUCGGGUGCGUUUAGAGGACCGGGCAGCUGCUGUUGGGAGUGGGGUAGGAAGCCGAGCUCCGGCUCUUGGAGGGAGGCGCCGAGGGCUUAGCUGGAGCAUGGGGCCAGGUGAGCGCUGAGAGUCGCGGCCGCAGCCAUCAGCCCUGGAGAUGACCAGGAGCGGCCACUGCUGAGAACUAUGUGGAGAGAGGCUGCGAGCCCUUCUGCAGAGCCUCCGGCUGGGAUAGCCGCCCCCCGUGGGGGCGAUGCGGACAGCGCGGGACAGCCAGGGGAGCGCGCGGGGGCCGCAGCAUGCGGGAACCCGCUAAACCCGGUGGCUGCUGAGGCGGCCGAGAUGCUCGUGCGCGCAGCGCGCCCCACUGCAUCCUCGACCUUCUCUGGCUACAGGGACCGCAAGUGGCGACUAUGGGCAGAUUGGGCUAUUGGACCCUGCUGCUGCUGCCGGCACUUCUGGUCUGGCGCCGGCCGGCGCAGGGCACGGCGGCGGAGAAGGGUCCCCCGGCGCUGAACAUCGCGGUGUUGCUGGGCCACAGCCAUGACGUGACGGAGCGCGAACUGAGAAAUCUGUGGGGCCCGGAGCAAGCGGCGGGGCUGGCGCUGGACGUGAACGUGGUAGCGCUAUUGAUGAACCGCACCGACCCCAAGAGCCUCAUCACGCACGUGUGCGACCUCAUGUCCGGGGCACGCAUCCACGGCCUAGUGUUUGGGGACGACACUGACCAGGAGGCCGUGGCCCAGAUGCUGGAUUUUAUCUCCUCGCAGACUUUCAUCCCCAUCCUGGGCAUCCACGGCGGCGCGUCUAUGAUCAUGGCUGACAAGGAUCCGACGUCUACCUUCUUCCAGUUCGGAGCGUCCAUCCAGCAACAAGCCACAGUCAUGCUGAAGAUCAUGCAGGAUUACGACUGGCAUGUCUUCUCCCUGGUGACCACUGUCUUCCCUGGCUACAGGGACUUCAUCGGCUUCAUCAAGACCACAGUGGACAACAGCUUUGUGGGCUGGGACAUGCAGAACGUGAUCACCCUGGACACUUCCUUCGAGGAUGCAAAGACACAAGUCCAGCUGAAGAAGAUCCACUCUUCUGUCAUCUUGCUCUACUGUUCCAAAGAUGAGGCCGUCCUCAUCCUGAGCGAGGCCCGCUCCCUUGGCCUCACCGGGUAUGAUUUCUUCUGGAUUGUCCCAAGCUUGGUCUCUGGGAACACGGAGCUCAUCCCCAAAGAGUUUCCAUCAGGACUCAUUUCGGUCUCCUAUGAUGACUGGGACUAUAGCCUGGAGUCAAGAGUAAGAGACGGCCUGGGCAUCCUGACCACGGCCGCGUCCUCCAUGUUGGAGAGGUUCUCCUACAUCCCCGAGGCCAAGGCCAGCUGCUACGGGCAGACGGAGAAGCCAGACGUCCCGCUGCACACUCUGCACCAAUUUAUGGUCAAUGUGACAUGGGACGGCAAAGACCUGUCCUUCACGGAGGAAGGUUAUCAGGUGCACCCCCGGCUGGUGGUGAUUGUGCUGAACAAGGACCGAGAAUGGGAAAAGGUAGGCAAGUGGGAGAACCAGACCCUGAGCCUGAGGCACGCCGUAUGGCCGAGGUACAAGUCCUUUUCAGACUGUGAGCCAGACGACAAUCAUCUGAGCAUCGUCACCCUAGAGGAAGCCCCCUUUGUCAUCGUGGAAGACAUCGACCCGCUGACUGAGACGUGUGUGAGGAACACCGUGCCAUGUCGGAAGUUCGUCAGAAUCAAUAAUUCAACCAAUGAGGGAAUGAAUGUUAAAAAAUGCUGCAAGGGGUUCUGCAUCGAUAUCCUAAAGAAGCUUUCUAGAACUGUGAAGUUUACCUAUGACCUUUACCUGGUGACAAAUGGGAAGCAUGGCAAAAAAGUGAACAACGUGUGGAAUGGAAUGAUUGGUGAAGUGGUCUAUCAGCGGGCAGUCAUGGCGGUCGGCUCACUCACCAUCAACGAGGAACGUUCUGAAGUGGUGGACUUCUCGGUGCCCUUCGUGGAGACGGGAAUCAGUGUCAUGGUUUCAAGAAGCAACGGCACCGUGUCGCCUUCCGCUUUUCUAGAGCCCUUCAGCGCCUCUGUCUGGGUGAUGAUGUUUGUGAUGCUGCUCAUUGUUUCAGCCAUAGCUGUUUUUGUCUUCGAAUACUUCAGUCCCGUUGGGUACAACAGAAACUUAGCCAAAGGGAAAGCACCCCACGGGCCUUCUUUUACCAUCGGGAAAGCAAUCUGGCUCCUCUGGGGCCUGGUGUUCAACAACUCGGUGCCCGUGCAGAACCCGAAAGGCACCACCAGCAAGAUCAUGGUGUCCGUGUGGGCCUUCUUCGCCGUCAUCUUCCUCGCCAGCUACACCGCCAACCUGGCCGCAUUCAUGAUCCAGGAGGAGUUUGUGGACCAAGUGACUGGCCUCAGUGACAAAAAGUUUCAGAGACCUCACGACUACUCCCCGCCUUUUCGAUUUGGCACGGUGCCUAACGGCAGUACUGAAAGAAACAUUCGGAAUAACUACCCCUACAUGCAUCAGUACAUGACCAAAUUCAAUCAGAAGGGCGUAGAGGACGCCUUGGUCAGCUUGAAAACAGGGAAAUUGGACGCUUUCAUCUACGAUGCGGCGGUCUUGAAUUACAAGGCUGGGCGGGAUGAAGGAUGCAAGCUGGUGACCAUCGGCAGUGGGUACAUCUUUGCCACCACUGGUUAUGGAAUUGCCCUCCAGAAAGGCUCCCCUUGGAAGAGGCAGAUUGACCUGGCCCUGCUCCAGUUUGUGGGUGACGGUGAGAUGGAGGAGCUGGAGACCCUGUGGCUCACGGGCAUCUGCCACAACGAGAAGAACGAGGUGAUGAGCAGUCAGCUGGACAUCGACAACAUGGCAGGCGUGUUCUACAUGCUGGCGGCUGCCAUGGCGCUCAGCCUCAUCACCUUCAUUUGGGAGCACCUCUUCUACUGGAAGCUGCGCUUCUGUUUCACUGGCGUGUGUUCCGACCGGCCGGGGCUGCUUUUCUCCAUCAGCAGGGGCAUCUACAGCUGCAUUCAUGGGGUUCACAUCGAAGAAAAGAAGAAGUCACCAGACUUCAAUCUGACCGGCUCGCAGAGCAACAUGUUAAAGCUCCUGCGGUCAGCCAAGAACAUGUCCAACAUCUCCAACAUGAAUUCCUCCAGGAUGGACUCGCCCAAAAGAGCUGCCGACCUCAUCCAGAGAGGUUCCCUCAUCAUGGACGUGGUUGCAGAUAAGGGAAAUCUGAUCUAUUCAGACAACAGGUCCUUUCAGGGGAAAGACAGCAUUUUUGGGGACAACAUGAAUGAGCUCCAAACGUUCGUGGCCAACAGACACAAGGAUAACCUCAAUAACUACGUGUUCCAGGGCCAGCACCCUCUGACUCUCAACGAGUCCAACCCUAACACGGUGGAGGUAGCUGUGAGCACGGAAUGCAAAGGGAACUCCAGGCCCCGGCAGCUUUGGAAGAAGUCCAUGGAGUCUUUACGCCAAGAUUCAGUGCCCCAGAACCCAGUCUCCCAGAGGGACGAGGGAACAGUGGAGAAUAGGACCCACUCCCUAAAGAGUCCAAGAUACCUUCCAGAAGAGGUGGCCCACUCAGACAUUUCAGAAACUUCGAGUCGGGCCACGUGCCACAGGGAAGCUGACAACAAUAAGAACCACAAGACCAAGGACAACUUCAAAAGGUCAGCGGCCGCCAAGUACCCCAAGGACUGCAGCGAGGUCGAGCGCUCCUACCUGAAAACCAGAGCGAGCUCCCCCAGAGACAAGAUCUACACCAUCGAUGGGGAGAAGGAGCCCGGCUUCCACCUGGAGCCUCCCCAGUUCGUUGAGAACAUGGCCCUCCCAGAGAACGUGGACUUGCCAGACGUCUACCAGGAGCGUGGGGAGGACUUCCCCCAGGGGAACUGCACGCUGCCCGGGAACCGGAACGCCCUGCACAAUGCGGACGGGCUCCCCAACAACGACCAGUACAAACUCUACUCCAAGCACUUCACCUUAAAAGACAAGAGCUCCCCUCUCAGCGAGGGCAGCGACCGUUACCGGCACAACUCCACACACUGCCGGAGCUGCCUUUCCAACCUGCCCACCUAUUCGGGCCAUUUCACCAUGAGGUCCCCCUUCAAAUGUGAUGCCUGCCUGCGGAUGGGGAACCUCUAUGACAUCGAUGAAGACCAGAUGCUGCAGGAGACAGGUCACCCCCCCACCCAGGAGGAGGCCUACCAGCAGGACUGGGCACAGAACAGUGCCCUCCAGUUCCAAAAGAACAAGCUGAGGAUUAGCCGUCAGCAUUCCUACGAUAACAUUCUCGACAAACCCAGGGAGCUAGACCUCAGCAGGCCCUCACGGAGCAUCAGCCUCAAGGACAGGGAACGACUUCUGGAGGGAAACUUGUACGGGAGUCUGGUUAGUGUGCCCUCCAGCAAACUCUUGGGGAACAAAAGCUCCCUCUUCCCCCAGGGUCUGGAGGACAGCAAGCGGAGCAAGUCCCUCUUGCCAGACCACACCUCAGAUAACCCUUUCCUCCACUCCUAUGGGGAUGACCAACGCUUAGUCAUUGGGAGGUGCCCCUCGGACCCUUACAAACACUCACUGCCGUCCCAGACAGUGAGUGACAGCUAUCUCCGGUCAUCCUUGAGGUCCACGGCAUCGUACUGUUCCAGGGACAGUAGAGGCCACAACAAUGUGUAUAUUUCCGAGCAUGUUAUGCCUUAUGCUGCAAACAAGAAUAAUAUGUACUCUACCCCCAGGGUUUUGAAUUCCUGCAGCAAUAGACGUGUGUACAAGAAAAUGCCUAGCAUUGAAUCUGAUGUUUAAAAACCUUCCAUUAAUGUUUUAUCUAUAGGGAAACAUACGUAAUGGCCAACGUUCUGGAGGGGAAAAUGUUGGAUGUCCAAUAGUGCCCUGCAAAGAGGAAGAGGAUUUAGGAAGGUAUUUUUUUUUGUUGUUGUUGGUUCUUUUGCACAUGGCUCCAUGCCAUAAUCUUACACUCAAGGAAUCUUGUACUGAGCAUGGCAGAUACCUGAUACGUAGGUGAGUCCGUAACCAAAAAUAAAUAAAUAUAUAAAAGGGCAGGUCUCCCGGACGUGUCCACUCGGUAUGCUGGCAGUAACGAUGCUUGGAUGCCCGUGGUGAUGUUACGAUUUCCUAUAUUCCAAAUUCCAUUAAGACCAGUUCACCAUGUAAUUUCCCAUCAGAAAUGCCUAACGGUUUCUCUAAUACAGAAUAAGCAAUAUGGUAUGCAUGUCAAUCCGACACGGACCAAGCAAAACAGUUAAGAAUGCAUCUGCACUGUAGUGACACUGACAUGUGCAAGAGAUUAGGAAGUUUAGCUUUGUAACCGUUUCAGCUUUAUUGUUAUGCCUCCCAUCACAGCCCAGGACCAACCCCAAAACUUCAGGCUCCCCCAAAGAACAGCAGAUCAGUGUGUUUCUUGGUAACUAGGCUACCUUCAUUAUAGUCCAUUUCCAAGACACAUCCAGCAUGAAAGACCACAAAGGCCCUCGGGCGGAGAGCUACAAGAACAUCUCUUUGGAUGUCCAUUUGUGUUUCACACUCUCUCACCCUCGGCUUCGAUGGUCUUGUUCCGAGCUGCGUAAACUACCACAUUUACGUAUGUGUUCGAUAUCUAAGUGUGGAUCUUCUGUCUGUGACACAGCAGCCGUUGUGUUCUAGUUUCUCCCGAAGACUCCUGUGGACGUAAGUUUGCAUUUCCCCCCCUUCUGGUGAUGACUCAGGGUUGUAUAGUAUCUGUUAUCUUUCCCUCCCAGAGUAGCCAUCACUCAUUCAUUCCCCACCGGCUAUGGUGGCGUCUGAGUAACUGUGUUGCUGUUCCUGGGCUUGUUACUGUGGUGGCAUGCACCACCAGCCAUAUGUGUCCCGUGGUCUGUAAGAAGUGCAGUGCCAUCUGUCUGCAGAAGGCUGGUGUGGCUUUAGGUUCAUCGUUCUUAAUGUCACGUAAUUUAGUUGGACACUCCUUACCCCCGCCCUCCAACCUCCUCGAAUCAGAAGCCUUCAAACACACGAGAGACACUCAUGCAUCUACCCUGAGCAUCCUCCAAAUUGUGCAUAAAUUUUAGUGGGACAAGUGAUUUCUCUCUUCUGAAAUGCUCACUCUGUUGGAGGCUGUUUCACCGACAGAGAUAUAUGGAAAAUUCCUCAAAACAUUUGUCAUUUCCGAGUCACCUUUGUUACUCAUUCUCAUUCUACUCAAAUCUGUGCAAAUAUGAUAUGAGAUGAUACUAAUUUAACAAAAUUUGGGGAAGGAGGGCAAUUGUUCUGUGUGGGAAGCUCUGAGCACAGAUCCUGGCACGUGUAAAGUGCCAAAAAGAAGGAAAAGGAGAAAGGGAAGGAGAUAGGGAGGGAGAGAAAAGAAGGAAGGAAUGUAGCUGUUAUGUUAUGACACUUUAUCAGACCAGAGAUUUCUAGUUUGAAGGUUAAAUAUUAUAAAAAUCCACAAAUAACAUUAAAUAUCUCCUAUAGUUCUAAUCUAGUAAUUAGUGUGUUUUAAAUACAUUAAUACCCCUGAAAUACUUGGGAGAAGUAGCCAUCGGUUUUUGCAGCGUACCUUGGUCUGUCUGGGUGCUGCAGAAACCCUAAGUAAAUGGAAACUAGUCUGGCUGUUUCCUAAUUUCUUCCUGCAUUUUGCUUUGAGUUCUGCCGAAGGGGGCAGAGUGGCAGGUUGAAAGGUUACCCUGUUUCUUUUAUUCGUGGGGUGUUGUGUUGUGUAGGUAGUGUUUUCCUGUGAGUGGGCAGUAGCCAGGAAUACUUUUCUUGGAGUCUGAGGGUCCAUUGAAUUGGUCCAUGUUUGGGGAAGUGCACCCGACUUACAGUCGUCCCAUAAUGGUGAAAAGUGGUUGCAGUACAUUUCAGUCAGUGGUAGAGAGGAAGAGGGAGGCCACGGGUGAGGAAGUCCUCACAUCACCUCUGAGGCUGGAAGGCAGAAGGGGCUGAUGGGACGCUGCUGGCAAAUGUGCUGGAACGUUGCAUUUUAUGUAUUGGAGACCAUAGCUUUGCUGCCCAAGACCCAACCAUGGAGUAGCCCGACCGAAGGACCAGUCACCCCAAUUACUAAUCUGAGGCACACCUGUGACUGUACUGUCUUUUAGGACUUCCUGCCUUUGCCCUUCCAUUGUGUCCCAGACCUGUAUUCCCCCAGCCAGGAUCACCCCCAGCCCCUCACGAGAUUGGCGUGUCUUAACAGGACAUGAAAUUUAAAAGUCUCCCUAUAAUACAGAGCAGUGGUGUGUCAUCAGUCCAAAGAGGCUUUGUCUUCCUCCAGUGUCCUUGAAACCCAUGGGGCUGCCAAAUGUGACAGCUCUCCAGGGAGGGUGUGGUUCACAGGUGGGAUAGGUCCGUGGAUCAAAAGCCUUCUAAUAACAGCAUUGCUUCUGCUAUGAAUGCCACACUUAUUCUGGAUAAGAAAUUACAAAUGUGGCUUUUGCAAGAACCAACAGUAAUGUACUAAAAUAUAUAUAUAUUUCUUUUAUACCCAAAGAUUUUUUAAAUAAUCAAAAUUAGAUGCUAUACAAUAAAUACCUAAUUCCCCUUCACUAAUUCACUGACUCCUUCCUAACUGGGAUGACCCGAAGUGUAAGAAAACUGACCAUUGGUGAGAUGGUCGGUGUCCGAGUGGAAGGUGAUAAUGGGGAGUUAUCGAGGUGAUCCCUGGCAGGUCGGUUCCUUGGACAAAGGGUAUCAGGAAAAUCACACCCAACAGCAAACAACGCCUACAGUAGGGGAGGUAACAAGAGUUCACUAGGAACUAUGUAACCAUCCCAAAGGAUCCAUCCCAAAGGGUUCCUCUGACAUAUCCCAGCUCUGAGGUCUUAAUUAUGCCAAGGAGCCAGAAUCUCGAAACUCAGAUUUGUGCCUGAGUUUCACCUGACUCCGGUCAGAGCUGGCAUCAUAAUGAUGUUUCAGUAACUCCUCCUGGCGUCCUCCACGGGCGCCCCGCUGGGACCCCGAAUGCAACUGCAUGUGUUCCUGCCACUGGUUAUAUCCGUGCAGCCAACUUUAAAUGUUCUGCGUGCGAGGAGAGUUUUCUAGGGUAUGAGUUCUACUCGCGGAAACCUGUGGGCUUCUGGAAAAUCGUUUUCACUGUUCAGAUUCUUAGGCCACAUGUGGUUUCAGUGCUCUGAGAAGGCAAGUCGCUAAUGGGUCUGUUUAUUCUGCCAGCAAGGCUCCCAUGAGAGAUGCGGGGUGACCAUCUCCCCAUUCCUUACAUCCCCAUUCUUUGCACGUCCCACUGCAUGAUUUUAGCCAGCACUGUGACUGAGUGUCUCAUGGAUCAUACUUGGUUUUCUCUUUCCUGUUUCACAGGCUGCCUGAGAAGUUCUCAUAUUUAGCUUUUCUGAUGAAGCAUGAAAAUUCACCCAGUGUAGCAAAAGCAGUCAAAUCAAUUCAUGCUUAUUUUCAGGGGGAGACAAAAAGAAAACUACACCUUGUUUACAAAUGAGACAGUUUCACUUAAAUAGGACUUGAGCCAAGGCAGUUAAUUAGUCAAAAGAUCCACGGCAGCCACCCAAUCCCACAUUGUUUAUUCUAUUUGAUAUGUCUGCCACUGAUGUGUAGUUAAUAUUCUGCAUCCUUCUCCGGAAAUGACAAAUGCCCUGAGUACUUUGCAAAUAGAAUUGCUAAUGAAAAAGAAAAAUGUUGAUAUUAAUUAAAUGGUGAUUAAAAAUUUAUCUUCUUUAAACCUAAAAAAAGUGCAGCUUUAAUAACCAGUUGUCAUAUAAAUAAAUCCCUUGCACUAAAAUCUCUUGUGGAGACCUAAAUAAAUACUAAUUUGAGAAACCUAAGUAUCUUUCGGAAGAGCUGAAUGUACUCAUUACCUUGAUGUCCGUCUCUGUACUGUUUCUUUGUGCAUGGAUCCUUUAAAAAGGGGACAUGAGUUGUCUCUGCAAUACAGCCUGUUUGUAUUAACCAUAGCUAUAGUAGACGUAAUCGGACUUCAAGGUAAAAAAACAAAACAAAACUGAAUAGGUGGAAGCUAAACUCAUCGGUUGAUAUUUCAUACGAGUUAACGGUUCCCCGUAAAGGCAAUUUUCAUCCUAAAAGCGGUGUUGAUUUUUGCUUGAGACACAAUUGGCCCUUUCGGAUAACGCCCAUCAUCUGUUGGUAAACAGGGUUGAAAGUACUUAAUGAGAGGUUAGGUGGGGUCUAUAUUUGAAAAGUUCUCCCGAUAUGCAUCUGCCCUUUUCGAUUCAAUUCUUUUCCAUUGUGCUGUGUUCAUAUCUACUUGUAUCAGGGGAGGUCAGCUUGCCACUUGAUAGAGAUCAGAGAUGAUCGAAUGCACUUAUCCUGUGAAUACAAAUGCUUGUGUACACAUGUACAUAGUAUACAUGCCUGAUUUCUACAAUUCACACUUACGCGUAUUAUCCAAAUAAAAUUGUAAAUAAUGUAAAGUUUAUGUUAAAAAUUAAAAGGUGAUGAUGGUAUUUACACAUGGAAAACCCAUUCUGGUUGCUGAUGGGACGAUAUUUAUGUAGAGAGGGCACUAUAUUUUUUUAAAUCUCAGUUCUAGGGAGGUUGACAGAGCCAAAUAGGAUUUGGGUGUUGGUAUACUUGGCCCCUUCUUUAAAAAAAAAAAAAAUAUCUGGGGUUAGGGUAUGGAAUGUAUUCUGCUCACUUUUGCUUCUGAAGACAAUGCUGAAAUGAACAUGUGUGUAAUUUCUGUAAACCCAUCAAAGAGUACAUUUCCUGUUAAAUUCCUUUUCCUCUUCCCCCACCCGCACUCUUUCUAUGCCCAUAAGUAUUCCCAGUAGAGUGUCAGCUAACAGUGCCUGCCCAGAAGGGUCUUAGAAAAUCAGAACUUACAGAACGACUCCACAAUUUGGAGGAAGGAGAAGGGAGACGAGAAAACUGAGCGGAAAUGAAGUUCCCAAAGGGGCAGUAAUCUAGAUGAUCGUAAGGUUGACAGUAUCAAAGCCAGGUCUAGAACCCGCGACUUCAGGGUCCAGUUCCUCACUUGGUUUCCUUUACCAAGCGGACUCAUUUCUAGGUUUCUCUCAAGAGUGUUCUUCUGGGUACCUCUGGGAGAAGAGAGCCUCAUGGAAUGGAUCCGUCUUUCUUUGCCUCUUGCCUUAUAUAGACCCAAGCAUCCCUCUUUGAAUUUGGUUUUCCUUUAAGCUUCCCAACUCUCCGUGCCCCAGAGUCCUGGAAGAGACAAAACAUUUUUUCAAGGGCCUAUUCCCUGGGAAGGGUCAACAAUGGGGAUAGUUUAAAACCUCAAACCAAAGAUGAAAGUUGGCAGUGGUCACUGAGAUGAUAGAGUUCUAUUUCUCAGGAGCCAAGGCUGAACAAAGGACACUGAUCAGCUGAUAGGACUUGACUGAGUAUCCUUUUAAGGCCUAUUUGGGAUGGGGGAGCUGCAAAGAGAAUAGAAAAUAUAGUCGCUCCCUAUAAAUAACUUACAGCCUAGAAAUUGAGUCCCCUAGUACAAAAUAUAACCGAGGGUCUAUGAAAUGCAAACACAGGGUAAAUGUAAAAACUAGAAAUGAUAAAGUUCUUGCCAGGAAAUAAAAAUGUAUCUGAUUCCAUGAUCAAACAAACAAAAAAGCCCUCCCCUAGACCUGCAAGUAACUUUGGAGAAUAUUAAUUGGUGCUCCUGGCGAUGCCCUUGAUUAUUUUAACCUUCUAAGAUGGUAUUUAGAAAACCUAGGAGCAUCUAAACAGGUGAGCAAACUUGCCCUUCUACAUUUCGCGAAGACAGGCUUAGACCUGGUUUUACCCAGUUCUCUGGCCCCUGCCUCCUUCCAGCUCUGCUUUAUGACAUGUGCUUCAAGGAAAUGUUGAAUAUAUAUAUCCUCAAAGGAUUAGAAAAGAGACCAUGAUGUGAAAAGACUCCUUCUUGAAAGCUUUGUUGUUGGGUUUUAUUUUUGAUUCCUGAAGAACACUGUUGAGAGUUCAGGUAUAAGUGCAUGAGGGAAGGGAGUAGGGAGAAUUUCUUGUUGAGUCCCAAGUGCCUACAGCUGUGGCUGGAGAAGGAGACACAUCAGGUGCCCUCUCGAGAAAAUGGAGCAAGGAGGUGACCAAAGAAAUCAAUGUGUAUUUCAGGAAGAUGGCGGGGUGGGGAGGGAGCUUAGUUUUUCUCUGUCCAUCCUAUUCUUGCACUACUGGAAUGUUCAGUCUUUGCUUAUCCCAAGUACACACCCUUGGGUCAGCAGCUGAAUUUGGAAAUAUCAAAAUAUAUUGACGAUGUGUGUGGACAAUAUUCUAGGCAUAUCCUAGAGUGCAAUUCUAAAAAUAAUCUUGGGAUGUAAAUCGGAUUGCUUCCACUUUAGAUUAGGAAAGGAGGCUCAGGUUGGUCUGAGCUCAUCAGCAACAAGAAUUUGCUAAUAAGUCUCUAACGUGAGGCAUAUUCUUAAAGUGCCUGAUCUCCUCCAGGGAGCUCAGAAAGGAAGUCAGAAAGAGAGAGAUGCUGUUUUGAGGUUCCUUGGAUUCUCUCUUGAGUUUCGGCCUCUGUGGUGAGGAAGUUAGUUAGUGUCCUCCCCUCGUCAUCUAGUUUGGGAUGCAUGGAGCACCCCUGAGGAUCUCAUCUCUGUUCUCAGUCCUUCCUGAGACUUGAAUGCUGUUUGUAUCUCUCUCUCCCCUGUGUUCUUGCACUCAGAGUUUACUUUUCUGGUUCCUGGAGAGUUAUUUUCUCUACUUAGCAUGUGCCUAAUCUUAAAUAUUCCCUUCCUCUUUUUCUCAGUAGAGUCAGGGCUAACUCCAUUAAACAUAUGCAAAUAGUAUGCUCUCACGUGUGUGAACACACGCGUGCACACACACACAAACACACACUGCCUUGUGGUCCCCAAUCAAAGCUCUCCUAAAUAUUUUGGCCCAUUUUCAAAAAGGUCAUGCUCUUUACAAGUGACUGUCCCUUCUAUUUCAUCUAUAUGUUUGGUUAUUUUUCCCAAGCAGACAGAAUAAGGGUCGAGGUCCAACGGGGAAUAGGAAAUAAAGAGUUUUGCAAUCAUUAUCGAGACCUUUGGUAGUCACAGUGACUGAGGGCCAGCUAGUGAGACUGUCUUUCCUUCUUGGUCUGCUCUGUCCUGUUGUUGUUGUUGUUUUUCAAGUCAUCAUAGAGUUACUUUCCUGGUUACUGGCAUCAAGAUAACUAUUGAAUCAGUGAAUGCUUGUUCAGUUGUCUCAUUAAAGAGUGUGGAACUGGAGUAUUUCCAUUAGGCGUUCUAAGAGUCCAGAAUAACGUAAUGUUGAUGCAUUGUGCAGGCAAUGACACUGAGCCCACGCAUUCUUUUCUCGAAGCCCUCUCCCACGGUCUAAGCCACACUUCUCUCUCCUGGCUUUGAUUUACUGUGAGGGAGAGUACCUUAGGUCCAUUUUACAGAUGCGGAAACUAUCUGGAAUCUGAAGGAAUGUUUUUUUAGAAGGUUCUGUAAAUCAGUCCUUCUCGAAUGGUCAGUUAACCUAAGGUGCACCCUUGUUCUCGUCCCUGAGAAAUUCUCUAGCCAUUUAUAUCUUUCAAGCUGGCAGUAAAAAGUCUCUUAAGACAGACAGGUUGUUAUUAUUUAAUAGCUACUUGGAGACCCUGUUGUUGGUUCUACAGCAUACGACCACAUUCUCCCAGGGAUGCUGAUUUGUACAGAAACCAGAACACUCGAAAGAACAAUUUGGCCAGUGGUAGUACUUCACUGGAACCGUCUUUCAAAGCACACAACUCUCGUGGGAGCAGGAACCAAAUUGUUUAAAAUGGAGUCAUUUCUCAGAUUAACUUCCUCAAAUAAAAUGUCAGUAGUAUGCAGAACACAAACAAGGCCAAACUAAGGUUAUCGCUCAUAAACCCCUUCUAUGUACUACAUCCAUGAAACAAUGAGUUUGCACUUUUGCAAUUCUAGAACAUUCCUCAUUAGCUGUAGCCCUAGGUCAAAACCUCUUCCAGUUAAUUCUCUCUCACACUUUUGGAAAGGAUUUUAGAUGAGCCUUCAAAAGGAUGUUAACACGUAGCCAAUACCACAGUUGCCUUUUAAAUUAAUAAGGUUAAUUGUUCCCCAGCAAACCUAAGUUUGUCUUUCACAUUUUAAAUACUUCUCAUUGAUCUGACAUUUUGCUGUUUUAAGCUUUUAAAGGGCUCUAAUCAAAGACUAUUGAUAGCUGAGCAAAUAGUGACGGUCCAGAUAUAUUAAAAUGUCGGUUUUUCCAUGGAAACAAUCAUAGCCUUUUGAAUUCAUUAAGGUUUUUAUAUUAGCUAUCUAAAACGUAUUGAAUUAUUUUUAUUCUCAGUUAAGCUAAUUCAAACAAAUGAACAGUGUUGACUUAUGAACCUGUUUUAUUUUUCAAAAAAUCUUAAAUCUAUUAGGUUUGUAGACAGCUUUGGGGCACCAUGACCCCUAAGGAAACGUUCCAGUGUAGAUUCAGAUGAUUAUUUUGGGUCAAAUUUGGGUGGUCAUCUUUGAAAAUUCUGAUGGAUUGGGGAAGAUGAACUUGUGACACUUGUAACAUUCAUAUUCCCAAAUUUUUCACUGGCAGAGGAUGGCAAUUGCCUACUUUUGUUUUUCAAAUAAGAGGUAAGAGCAAAAUAACAUUUUCACAGACAAUCCAGUGAACUCCUUGAUAAACUAUUCCAUGGCUAGAUGGAGCUCAGAUGGCUUCUAAGCCUGAGAGUCCCCAAAGAUUUCUUUAUCAGUUGUUUUUGACUAUGAAUUUUAAUCUCGUUAAUUUCCCUGCUAAAACAAAGUUAGUUUGUUACUUGACAGAUUAUUUAGUCAGGAUCAUUCAAUGUCAUUUAUCAUGCUAGAAGUCUGUGUGUAUGUGUUUAUGUAUAGUAUAUAUAUUUCAAGCUGAAUAUUCAGAAAGAAUUCAGUGAGUUAAUUGGUACCUUGAAUAAGAAGUAGAUCAUUAAAAUCAUAAAUAAUGGCUUUCUCAGACAGAAAAAGAGGGUAAUCUAUUCAUCUUUCACUCCUGUUAAAAGACUUGUCACAUAGGACACAAACUGGUCUUGACCCAGGAGAAAGAAAUUGAAUAAAGCAGCUCGAAAGGUCCAUGUCUGAGUCCAUUUUAACCCAUCGUGGAUGGGAUUGAACUCCAUAUAGAGGGUUUCCAUUCACAACUACAUUCAAACACAGUCCAAAACCCGCAUCAGAACUAGCUUGAUCUCUUGUAUGGCGGAGCCCAAAGCAAGCUGUGUGCUCGACUCAGUGGUUUCCAUUUGGGAAUAGAGGUUCACUUACCAGUCACAGCAGCUUGUACCUGUCAUGUUUUAAUCCACUGCAUGAGGAAGUGCUACCAACUGUAUUAACUAUUUCCCAGCAUAACUACAAAAUUACACGUUUGCUUAACACCUUUCUACAAUAGAGGAAGUAUAUACUAUGGUUGUCUUCUUGUAGUAUGUCUUUUAUUUUUGUUCAACGUGUUAUCAACUGUUUUAAGGAAUGGGGUUUGAAAUGUGUGUUCAACUGAUAUGUAUAUAACUCCCAAGGCGACGAAAGUGCCCAGGCAUAUGGUGUAAAAAUGUAAAUACAGGAAAAUUUCAUUUUUCUAAUAAAGAUAAUUUCUGCCAAUUGAUAUGA